AUGGAAAAUACCGAACUAUCUGUACAAAACAAUGAAACAACACCAGUUGUUGAAUCAGUAGUAACUGAAGAAACAUCAAAAACUAAUGAUGAACAACCAAUAAGUGAAGAUACAUCGAAAACCGAUGUUGAACCACCGAUAUCCGAAGAUACAACAACAAAUGAUGAACAAGUGUUAACUAAAGAUAUAUCAAAAACCAAUGAUGAAGAACCAUCAGCAGUGACAACAGAAGAAACAACACCAGUAAUAGAAAAUAAAGAAGAAGAAGUUGCACCACCACCACCACCAACAACAACUGAAGAAGAAACAGUAACAUCAACUGAUGAACAAGAAAAUGUUACUGGUACAAAUUCAACUGUACCAACGGCAAUUGGUUCACCUAGUCGAAUGAAUGUACCAUUAAAAGAAGUAAAUGAAAGUGAAAAAGAAGAACAAACAAUUUUAACAAAUGGUAAAAAACGUGAACUUGAACAAGAAGAAGAAAAAUCGGAUGCAACUAAUGAUAAUGAUGAACGUACUGGUGAUCAAACAAAAAAAAUUAAAAUAUCUGAAACAACUGAUACACCUAUUAUGGAAACAAAAGAAACAGAAAAUAUGAUGGUUAAUGGUAAUACUCCUGUUGAAGUUUGA